AUGGGCGCCUUGAGUUUACUAUUCUCGUCCGCAGUUCGGGGGGCUCACUCGGUGGGAGGGGAGGGGAGGGGAGGCGAACGGGAGGGGAGCUGUGGCGGAUCCAUCGUCGAGUGGAGAAGGGGACGCGAGAGCGCAUUUGCGGAUUUAGAGUCGAAGAGACGAUCUCUCUGCUUUCAUUCUCCUCGUUUUUCUCCAAUCGCUGCUCGCUCGCAACUGUAUCAUACUGGUUUCUGUUCGUUGUCAACCAAGAUGAUGCCCGAUCUCGAACCUCCCAUCCUGGGCACCAAAAGACGGAUUCUUACACACUUGCUCUCGAACUCAAAGCUGCGACCACAUUCGCGACAUUCAUGGUCUUUCCUUGACCGGCCUGCCGACAUUGGAGAUUGUACACGAAACGGAUGGGUAGGUUGACUAGUCGCUUCCUUGUCAAGAAAAAAUUGACUCAGACCUUAAAAAACAUUCCGAGCCUUGCGUGAACAAACCCAUGGACAGGGACACGAGUUUUUGUCUGGCGAGCACUUUGUAACGUUCGUCUGAUACACUGGUUACGUGAAGAUUGGGCUGCAAUCGAAGGAUAGAAAGGCAGUGAUACCCAGGAUGACGAAGUAACAGGAUAUAGGCCCCACCAAACCAGCUGAAACUGAAAC